AUGGCCCCCUCUCCCAUCCGGAUAUUCGCUCUUCCCCUCACUCGAUCUUCGAAAUCAAAAUCCCUCCCGCCUAUCCUCUACUGGCACGUCUCUCAAAACGUCCAGUCCUCCAUAUCCACCUCGACCGACCGUUCGGACGGUCCCAAGACGGUCAGCAAAGCGGUCGACUGGAAGAAACCUUCGACAUGGCCUCCACCUUCGACAUGGCCGUCCGAGUCUGUGGCCAAGGCUUCAGAUCUGUGGUUGUCGUGGGGUACUAAACCGACUUACGAGGUAGAAGGGAAAAAGUCAUUGAAGGAACGGGCGACCGAGUGGAAGUACUGGACGUGGACGAAGGGGGAGGGCUUGAUGGAUCGGGUCGAGUGGGAAGAAUGGGCACUGAAAAGCAUCAACCCAAGCGUCAAGGUCGGAGAAGAGGUCGUAACCACGGAUGAUGUCGGCGUGAAAUCCGUUCAUCCUGCCAAGGACCACACUCCAAGAAUACCGCUCUUGAUCCCCUCUCAUCCAUCCAUAGACCCUUCGACCGUUCUCCCUCAACUAGAGGCCUACUUGGCCUCCCGAAUUCCCUACCACAAAAAGUACAUGAAGCAAGCCGCCGCCCUUACGCCCGUCAUGCUUCCCUUUGGACUCUUACCGGUCAUCCCCAACUUUCCCUUUUUGAUCGCGGCAUGGAGGUGUUUCUCUCAUUAUCGGGCCUGGAAGGGAGCGGAAUGGUUGCAGAGGCUCGUCAAGGAGGGUAGGAUCGAGGUGAAGGUGGAUGAAACGUUGCAGGAGGUCCUUGCACCGGUACAGAAAGCUAUCGAAGGAAGUGAACCGAGAAAAUCUAGUGCGGCGGAGAAGGAGGAUCACGCGCCGGAUGAGACGAGUACGCCAGAAGGAAUGAUCGCAGGAAAAGAAGGUUCGAAGGAGGUCAAGGGCGAGAACGCGAUUCAGCAGACGACCAACCUCUUGAAGGAUGGCGCCUCUUCGACCGGGUCAUCGACUAUGGAGGAUCGCCAACAGACGGGAGGAAAUUCAGCAAGUGCCGCCGGGUCGAGCAGCGUGCCGGAUCCCGAGAACCAAGACGUCGCUCCUGACGCUACCGGUACACCCUCCAGCCAGAUCUACAGCCCUAGCUUCGACUCUGACCGGUCAUCCGGCAAUCAAAUUGACGCGAGUACUUCGGACGAGGCCUUGUUGACGAUGGAGAACCUGCCUAGGCUGAGAGAGACGUUCGGGUUGAGCGCUGCCGAGGUGGUCGACCUGACCAGGGCGGUCAUGCAGAUCAAGGACAAGGCCGAGCGGACGAUCGAGAGCGAAAAGAAGGUCGAGUGA